AUGGUGCGACUGGUUCCAGUACUCCUUCCAGCCUGUACCGCAGUGGGGUCCGUGCAUCCCAAAAUGUUGGACCGGCGGCUGGAGGAGGCGGUGGACCAUAAUUCGGACACCUGGUUGUCGGUGGAGGCUCUGGCCCACAGCAUUGUGCCGGAGGAGCUAGUGAAAGAGAUCCUCUUCGACAGUGUGAUGCAGGAGGACUACCGGCAUCUGAUGCCAGGCCUGGACCUAAACUCCAAGGAGAUGACAGCCCAGAUGCUGUCAUGGCAAACUCCCUCCUUGGCUUGGGGGCAGAGGGUUCCUGCAGAGGUUCGGGACCACAUGGAGGCCGUCCAGCGUCGGGCCUGCGAAAAGUGCGCCUCGCCCGGCUGCUGCGAGCCGCAGCGGUGGUGCUGGUGGCUGCAUGAGCGGCUGACCAAGCUGAUUGACGAGACGGGUAAGCAGGUGAAUCUCUACUACGACCUUCAAAAUCGCAAGUAUGAGAAGCUACAGGAUGCCGCCUUCUUCUGGGGCUCGCCGAUGCUGCUGCCUCCCUUCCUGGCUGCCCUGCGGAUCCACGAGGACGUGAGCCGCUUCCUGGCCUUCCUCUUCAGCCGCCACGCCUCGAGUCCCACGUUGCAUCGCUGCCUGGAUACCAAGUGGGGAGCUGUGCUUCGAAGUGGCUACGUUAGCAUGGUGGAGAACCAGGAGGAGCUCAGCAAGCAGGUGGCCAAGAUCUUCUGGGAAAUUGGCGCCACGUCCCGUUUCACGAAUUUUCGCUGGAUCACAACGAGCGAGCAGAUGAUGCCCGUGAGAGAAGGCUGGCAGCUGAUCUUUAACGGUUUCAUCGCCAUGAGGAGGAGCCUUAGCUUCCUCCGCCAGACGCGACAUCGCUUGGGUCUGCUGAGGCCUCAACACGCGGACUCGGACUCAGACCAUUUGCUCCCCAAGGAGGGGGGUGAGUACGACACCUGGGAGCUGAGACGCAGCCUCUUCCAGGAGGACAGAAAAUUCACUGACAAGAUGGUGCUGCGCUUCCUUAUUCGCAAGGUUUUCGUUGCGGACGACACCGUUGGAGACUUCGGCGCUUUCAAGGGCUCAUAUGCUGCCUGGCUGAACGACACCGGUCUCGUCCAGGUGAUGGCUUAUGAUGGCAUCGCCAAUGUGACAUCUGUGACGGGUGGCAUAGUGCAACAUCAAAAUCUAGGACAGCCCUUCGAUCUUGGAAGACGCUUUGACUGGAUCAUGUCCCUGGAGGUUGGAGAACACCUUCCCUCCACGGCGGCCUCCACCUUCUUGAGCAACAUCCGACGACAUGCUGUCAAAGGUGCAGUCAUUAGCUGGGGAACCCCUGACUUUCCAUCGGUGCAUCACCCGAACCUGCUCACGGAGGAGGAGUCGACACGCUUGAUCGAGCGUCACGGCUUCCAGCAGCAGAAGGACUUGACAUCGCAGCUGCGCUCCGCGGCCGAGCUGGAGUGGCUGAAACAGACCAUUGCGGUGUACCACACCAAAGACUGGUCAGAUGACGAGCGCCGCGAUUCGAUUUCGAAGAAAAGGUCUACGUCGAACCCGAUGUUCCUCAGCUGGCGCGACAGCCGGCAGGAGCAGUCCAGUCUGCUUCAGAAGCUCUUCCAGUGGAAGUUGUCGCAGUACCCUUGCCGGGAGGUGAUCGUGAUCAACGGUGGAGCAGGCUUCAGCACGACGGGAGACCUGCGGGACAGCAGGCUUGGCCUCUCCAUUCCUGUCAUCUUCGCCGGUGUCGUGGAAGGCCUGACUUCCUGCCAUGGCUGGCAACUCACCGGAGAAGUGCCUGGUGGUCGCUUCAAGUACAGCUACCGCCAGCCCAGUCCCAACAAAUGGGGCCUCCACUUUCUCGACAUUGACCUCGGCACUUCGCAACGACCAGCGGUGGACAUCUCGCUGGUUACCGGGCCUCUCCCGCAGCCGCAUGCGCCGCGGGCGGCGCAGCGAGGGGUCGUCCACGAGAAAGACGAGUCGCAGCAAGCCGAAAUCGAACAGGAUCGGAGGAGGCAGGCGGCCCUCGCCCCAACACCGAGGGCCUAG